AUGAGCGUGCCCGGGGCGCUGCUCACCGUGCCGCUGCUCCUGCUGCAAGGGGCGUUUCCAGGGGCUGCCAGUGACUCUGUGGCUCUGAAGGAAGGAGAAAAUCUGAACCUUAACUGCACCUUCAGCACCGCCAGCAACAACAACUUCACCCUGCAGUGGUUAAACCCGCGGAAUUUCACCAUUUUCCUCAACGCCCAGCAGGUUUUAAAAGACCAGAGGUACAAACUGCUCCAUUAUUCCAAGGAGGAAUUAUCCAUCCAGCUGUCCAACCUGACCCAGCAGGACGAAGGAAUUUACAGGUGCUUGUACUACACCAGGCACGUCAAAACCAAGAGCCAGAAUGUUGAGAUUUUGGCUUCUCCUUCGCACCCAGUGCUGGAAAUCUCCCAGGAUGAGGAAAGAGGCAUCAAACUGUCCUGCCACAGCCAGGGGGGCAGACCCCAGCCCCAGAUCUCCUGGCUGCUGGACAACGGGAUUGAGCUGCCAGGUGACACCAGGCACCAGCUGGGAGCUGAUGGGAAGAAAUGGAGCACCAGGAGCACCCUGAGGAUCCUCAGCUACAGCCCCAAAGUGACAGCCAGCUGCAUCAUCCAGCACCCUGCGCUCGGGGCACGGAGCCUGGCGGCAUCUUUGCCCUUCCAGGACCUCCCCAGCUCAGGCUGCAAACAAGCAACCAGACCUUCAGAGGAUGCAGAAGUUCCCAGCCCUUCAGAGAAUCCAGCAAAUCCAGCAGGUACCAGCCCCUCUGCAUCCCCAGAGAAUCCAGAAGUUUCAAGCCCUACUGCAUCCCCAGGGAAUCCAGAAUUUUCCAACUCCUCUGCAUCCCCAGGGAAUCCAGAAUUUUCCAACCCUUCUGCAUCCCCAGAGAAAACAGAAAUUUCCAGCCCCUCUGCAUCCCCAGGGAAUCCAGAAGUUUCCAGCCCCUCUGCAUCCCCAGGGAAUCCAGAAUUUUCCAACUCCUCUGCAUCCCCAGAGAUCAAAAAAAACUCUUACCCCCCAGGAAAAAAAAAAAAUUUCAAACUUGCAUCCCCAGGGAAUCCAGCUGUUCCCAGCUCAGCACCAGCCCAGCCAAACCUCACAGACGCCACAUUGCACGGUGAGUUUGGUCUCAGCCACCUGAGUUUAUCAAACCUGAAAUCACAAUUCCAGGAAAGAAACUUGAUUUUUCAGGAACGCAUCACUGGGGUGAAAUCAUUCCUGUUUGAAUUCCCAGCACAUUUAACAGCACAAACCUGUGUUACAGAGCAAAAUCCCAAACCCAAAGGACUCCUGAGGAAGGAGAAGAAUCUCCUGCUGCCCUUCCUGGUGGCUGCUCUGAUCCUGGUGCUGCUCAUCAUUGUGCUGCUGUUCAUGGUGAAGCUGAAGAAAGCUCACGGGCUGUGGAAGAGAGAAAAUGAUGUUUCAGAGCAGACACUGGAGAGUUAUAAAUCCAGAUCUAACGAAGACAGUCCAGGCCAUGAGAAGAAUGGACAAGCUGGAAAUCCCAAACCCAACAUGCAAUAUGUAACGGAAGGACACAUGGAAACCCCAGAGAAGAAUCUGGAAACCCCCGAGAAAAAUGCAGAAAGCCCAGAGAAGAACCCAGGUGACAAAAGCACGGCAAUAAACGAGGAGAAGUUCACGUGUGGAAGGGAGACAGAUGUGUAA